AGCCUUCCACAAGAAAUUAUUUCGGUGACAUCUUUGUGUUUCAGUCAUCAGAAGGAACUUGUGUAUAUCACUUCGAAUUCAUGUGGAAACUUCAAGGAAAACUCCUUUUAUCGUGAAGAACAAGACCUAUAGACACAUCUUCCGCCAUUGUUAUUGCCUCUAAGCACACAGCAGUAUCGUAAAAAAAAGUGUCGACCUUAGAGACGGUGUCGGCUGCUAAAAUGAAUGGAGUACGAGCAAGAGAACUAGCUUUAAACAGGAUCAACGAGGCCAAAGAUAAACUUGACCAAGUGUAUGACUUGGAAAAAAACGGUGUCAAUGGUGCAAAUAAACUGAGAAAACGUAUACAAGCUGAAAUCAAUUUUCUGAACAGGGGUUUGAGAAAGGGCAGUGAGCUGAAAGAGCAGCAUGUCCAGUGUUCUAACCUAGGCCAGUUGGGAGCGCUUGCCUCAGUUGCAGUAGCAACCCCAAAUACGACAGGAUUGCUACAAACAUUUUGCAUUAAAGGCAUGGAGAAAAUAGUUGUUGAUGUGGUGGGCGAAGGUGGGAAGCAGUGGAUAAAGGUAAUUUUAAGGAAUCCUAAAGCUCUCCACAUGCUGUUUAUUUCGGGUGGCAGAAAUGGUGUGAAACCACUUGAUGAAGUUGCUGAUGGUUUUCUGAUAUGUGCACAACACCACCCAGUCUUUUAUUCAGUGCCAAAGAUUGUGUUUUGGUUUUGUAGUGGAGUGAGUGAGGGCUUGGCAAAGAGUCUUCAAGAAAAAAGUGUAGAAAUUAAAGGAAAAAUAAUACCUGAUCAUGAAUUUGAGCUGCCAGAUUAUUUAGGGAAGGAUUCAGAGACAGAAAGUGAGGACUCAGAAACAGAAAGUGAUGACUCGGAGACAGAAAGUGAGGACUUUGAGACUGACAGCGAGGACUCGGAUUCUGAAUCUGAAUAUUUGUGUGAUAAAAAGCAUUUUGUUAAUGAAAGCAUAUCAUGCACAGAUGGCAGUGCUGCAGUUGAAGUAAAAUUUGCAUCUGUUGAUACUAUAUGUGAUCACAAACUUAUUCAACAGAGUGAUAGUGAAUCAGAUGAUUCUCCAGAAAUCAUAAAUGUGAUAGCAGCAUUAGGUAAUACCAGUGACAAAGGUCCAUCGAAAAGUAAAAGUGGGAUACAUUACCAAGUUGACAAAGCUGAUGUUCAAAGUUCUGCUUCAAUUACAGAUUUUCAGGGCUCUUAUGUAACUGAGGAGGAAGAAGCACCUAUAAAUAAAGCUAAUCUUGAUGUUACAGCCAUGAUAGCUUAUGUAACAGCAACAACAAAUGGUAGUGCUGGUUUUAUUUUUAAGGAUAAGUAUCUUACCGAGCAAGCAAUGUGUGAAAGAAAAGACCCGGUAAAGAAAACACUUGAUGGCUAUUUCAAAGGCCUUGAACUGAUAGCAUGUCAAGAGGCAGUCAAUCACUUCCUAGAAAUUGUUGAUACUAUUGGUGGCAAGAGCGAGAAAGCUCGUGCCAAGGAAUUGGUGUCCAGACUUAAUGUAGUUCCAGGAGAAGAUUGUUUUAAGGAUAAGGUCAGACUUGGAGGUAGAGUGCGUGAACUUUCCAGGAUCAUCUUUGGCACUGGACAUUACCAUAGAGCUCUCACAAUCACAUCUAAUGGAGGUUUUGUAAGAUCUGCUGAACAUCAAGGUGUCAAGGUAGCAGUGUUGUACCAUAAACCUCGAGCUCUGACAGAAGCCAAGGAACCGACUGCAACACCUCUAUAGUCGAUGUAGUACAUGUAGGGUAGUUAAUUUUAAUUU